CUCCCCCCCCCGCGUUCGUUGGUGGCUUGGCUUAGCAGAACAGAACCGUGAAGGGAGGAGGAGGAGGAGGAGCGGGAAUUUCCGCUGAGCGCGCGCUUGCUUGCGUGCGUCACCUCGCCUCGCCUCCCCCUCCCCCGGAGACGCGCGCUGGCUGGCUGGCUGGGCUGGCUUCCCAGUCCAUUCAACCGCCGCCUCGUCGAGGGUGACCGGUCGUCCUCCUCUCGGCGAGGACGCGCCUCUCUCCUGGUUCCAUCUGGUGGAGGGAGAACAAGCCUUAAAGUAUGAACUACGUGGGACAACUUGCAGGACAAGUUCUGGUUACUGUGAAGGAACUGUACAAGGGCAUUAACCAGGCUACACUCUCAGGAUGCAUUGAUGUAAUUGUAGUGCAGCAAAAGGAUGGAACAUACCUCUGCUCACCAUUCCAUGUCCGAUUUGGAAAGCUUGGUGUCUUGCGUUCCAAAGAGAAAGUGAUUGAUAUUGAAAUUAAUGGAGAAGCGGUUGAUCUUCAUAUGAAACUGGGUGACAAUGGAGAAGCUUUCUUUGUGCAGGAAACGGAAGAAAAAUUUGAAAAAGUUCCUGCACAUCUAGCAACAUCCCCAAUACCCACAGAAGACCAGUUCUUCAAGGAUAUUGAUGAUCAUUUGCUGAACUUGGAUAAAAAUGAAAGGAUACAUCAAAGCUCAGAAAUUCCACAAAAUGUGGAAACUGAGCCUGUGUUUUCCUCUGGGUCAGUGAAGAAGAAAAAGCGGAGGAGACGAAAAUGUAAACAAGAUGUCAAGAAGGAAGAUCAUAUCCCUUCUCCUGGAAGUGAAGAUGUAUUUGAAAUGGAAAUGAGCUCAGAUGAUGAGAGAAGUAUUCAGUUUGUGAGAAACUCCUCAGAUUCUCCACCAAAGGAUGAAGAGUAUAAAGAAUCAUUGAUUUACCAUUCAAAGGACCAUUACCCUUUGUCAGAUGGAGACUGGUCUCCUUUGGACAACCCUUUUAGCCAGCCAGCUUGUCCUAAAAGUGAUUCAGAACUGGAAAUUAAGCCUGCAGAGAGCUUGCUUAGAGGAGAGUCUCACAUGGAAUGGACAUGGGGAGGCUUCCCAGAAUCCACCAAGAUAAGCAAGAAGGAAAAAUUGGAACAUCCUAGAACUGCCACCAUCACCCCAUCAGAAAAGACUCAUUUUAGGGUCAUACCUAGUGCUGAUGUGGUCGAAGAUGAUAUUUUGGUGAAUGAUUCUGUGUGUACAGUACUAAAACCUGAACCAAGAACUCACCCUCUCCUUAAGGAGCUAGAUAUUAAAGAGAGACUUGCUUCUGCAGCAAUGGAACAAGAUUUGGAAAUUCUUCAGGGUUCAUUUGCAUCAGAUUCUGAUACUCUUCCCAGCCCACUGGCAGAUUCUCCAACAGAAACUAAACCACUGGCAAAACUGGACUCUCCAUCAAAGAAGAAAGGGAUACAUAAGAGAAGCCAGCACCAAGGGCCUGAUGACAUAUACUUGGAUGACUUGAAAGCUUUGGAACCUGAAGUUGCUGCUCUUUAUUUUCCCAAAAGUGAUUCUGAUCCAGGUUCCAGACAGUGGGUGGAGUCUGAAACCCUUUCUGGUUCCCAGUCACCACAAUCAGUGGGAAGUGCUGCAGCUGACAGUGGCACAGAAUGUAUGUCUGACUCUGCUAUGGACUUGCCUGAUGUCACACUCUCUCUUUGUGGAGGUCUUAGUGAAAAUGGAGAGAUUUCUAAAGAAAAAUUCAUGGAGCAUAUUAUUACUUACCAUGAAUUUGCUGAAAAUCCGGGACUUAUAGACAAUCCUAAUCUGGUAAUCAGGUUAUACAACAGAUAUUAUAACUGGGCAUUGGCUGCUCCCAUGAUUCUCAGCUUGCAGGUAUUCCAAAAGAGCUUGCCACAGGCUACAGUUGAAUCCUGGAUUAAAGAUAAGAUGCCAAAGAAGUCUGGAAGGUGGUGGUUCUGGCGUAAAAAGGACAGCUUGGUUAAACAGCUUCCAGAGGCAAAAGAGGGGAAAUCUGAGGCUCCAAAAAGUGACUUUGCUACUGCAAAGGAACAAAUAGAAAACCGGCCUACAGAUAAUGAUUCUUCUAGUGAUGAUGAAGGGUCACAGGAACUGAAAGAAUCCUUAAAAAUAGAUUCUGCAUCAUUUGAACAUCCAAGCCACGGGAAUGCUACCUCUUAUAAAAAGUCACUUAGAUUGUCUUCAGAUCAAAUUGCAAAACUGAAGCUUAGAGAUGGUCCAAAUGAUGUUGUGUUUAGCAUUACAACCCAGUAUCAAGGGACUUGCCGUUGUGCAGGGACAAUAUAUCUGUGGAGCUGGAAUGACAAAAUCAUCAUUUCUGAUAUUGAUGGGACAAUAACCAAGUCAGAUGCUUUAGGACAGAUUCUCCCACAGCUUGGCAAAGACUGGACACAUCAGGGUAUUGCAAAACUCUACCAUUCUAUUAAUGAGAAUGGCUACAAGUUUCUUUAUUGCUCUGCUCGUGCCAUUGGAAUGGCAGAUAUGACAAGAGGGUACUUGCAUUGGGUCAAUGAUAAAGGAACAAUCCUGCCCAGAGGUCCCUUGAUGUUGUCUCCAAGUAGUUUGUUCUCUGCUUUUCAUAGGGAAGUGAUAGAAAAGAAGCCAGAGAAGUUUAAAAUUGAGUGUUUAAAUGAUAUCAAGAACUUGUUUGCUCCAUGUGAACAACCUUUCUAUGCUGCUUUUGGAAAUCGGCCCAAUGAUGUGUAUGCUUACGUGCAAGUGGGAGUGCCAGAGUGUAGAAUAUUCACAGUCAACCCAAAGGGUGAACUAAUCCAGGAGCAGACAAAGGGAAACAAAUCUUCAUAUUACAGACUAAGUGAACUUGUGGAACAUGUGUUUCCACUUCUUAAUAAAGAACAGAACUCUGCUUUUGUGUGCCCAGAAUUCAGCUCCUUCUGCUUUUGGAGAGAACCACUUCCUGAGGUUAACAUAGAAGACUUAGCUUGAACAGCACUAUUUGCACAGAACCUCUUCCUGGAGAGGCCACUUUAUCCUUUGGUACCAUGUGUCUUAUUAAAUACAGAAAAUGCCAUGUGUUUGGCACAAGCCAAUGAAAUGCAAGGCUGAUCUUUGUUCUUUAUACAACCUUACUGAUUAGUUUAAGGUACAGGAAAGUUACAUAUGAUUUGAAAUAGUGGACCAUCAAGAGAAUAGAGGACAAAAAAGGAUGAAAAUUUAGUGGCAACUUUGCAUUUCAUAUAUAAGAACCAUAGCUGAUGCAUGUGAUGUUCUGUAAACCAGCCUCUUUAGUAGAUCAUCUUAAAAGAAAGCAGAAAAAGUAUGUAGAACUGAUAAGAGACUAUCUUAGGACCACUACAGGAAUCAUAUCUCCUAUUCUGAUCAGCACUUAAACUAUUUCAAAUGGAGGAUCUGAGACUCACAUGGAUCAGUUCCUUUAAAAUGUCUUAAGAAUUUACUAGAUAGUUUCAGUUAUCACUUUCUAUUUUGCUAAAUAGCUGGAAAGAAGUGAGGGUUGAAGUGGAGAAGGUACUUUUUAUUAGCACCCACUGAUAGUUACCUUGUUUGUUUCUUUGUAAUUAAUUACACAGUGAUCAGGCUGUCUUAGAUGCCUUAGUUACUUCAAGCUUUUUUCUUUUAUUUUUUCUAUUUAUCUUUUUGGCUUUCUAAGCUGCUAUAUGAAAGUUAGAGAAAGGUAAAGUAUUUGCUGCUGCAGCUGGACAGUUGAUAUAUCUUAACUGCAUUUAGUCUGUGUGCAGUGUACAGGUCAGUAAGCAACAUAUAUAAAAAACAUUCAGGGAUACACUCUUAUAACAAAAAGGUAAUGUAAAUAGUCAAUCUUUAAAACUGGGACUACUAUUAUGUCUUUCCAGAACUCUCUAUCAGGUGUUUUUGUUUGUUUGUUUGUUUGUUUGUUUGACAAAGGGGCACAAGUAAAUGAGAUCCAAAUGAGGAAUAUUGUAUGUAGCAGUGAUGAAAGUCAGUUCUGGUACAUUUAAAUUAGCUGCACUGUUGGUCCAUCAGUAAGUGAAGUCCUGAUUUAGGAAGCUAAUAGUUGUCUUACAUUCUUUCACUUGCUUCGCUUACUAAACAAAGAUGUUAGUUGAAAUAACGUCUGUAAAUAAAACAGCAGAUUUGGCAAGUUUCUUUCCCUUGCCAGGCUGUUGCAGAGCACCAUAAAACAACCCAACUGAACUGGAUGAGUUAACAUUUUUGAAAGAUCAUAAGUUAGUUAGGGUCAGCUCUCAAGACUAGGUAGAAGUGAAAUACUGGCACCACAAGUGAAUGGCUAGUGCUUCUCCUGCUAGUAUCCAUGUAAGAGCAUCAAAACUACAUAUUUCUGCCAGUCAAUAACUACUAAACUUGAUGUGUAGUUUCAUAGCUGAUGCUAGUUUUUUGAGUUAGCUAUGGUAGCAAUGCUUUAAGGACUAGAUGCAGUUCUAGAUAUUGUUCUCAGUGGAAAUUUUACAUGGGUCUGUAGGAUUUUUCUCAAUGUCAGAAGCAAAGGUGGCUUGUUUCUUAGUGAAUUUGUACUGGAGAUACAUCUAAGAACUGGAUCUAUUAUAUGGAUUAGUACACUAGGUGUGAUCUUAGAAAAAUGCUGGACCUUGAUUUCUGGCUGUACAAUUCACUGUUAAAUUGAUGUCUAACUGGAAAAAAAAGUUUCACAGAGUGAUGGAAUAUUUAAAUUUUCCAGCUUAAGAAAUACCAGUUAUAUGGGUCCAUUAAAUCGAAGCCUGCUAUACUGGAUGAAAUUCAUUUCAGCAUGUGGAAAUCAUUCACUUUCAUAUUAUCUUGCUUUCUGUAAAGCACUUUGAAAAUCUGAAUUCUCCCAGAUAAAAUUCCAAGUUAAUUAGAAGACUAUUUCAUAUUAUUAUCUUAACCUGGAUUCUUUCCUUCUGCUUAGUAAGGUAUACAAAGUUAUUUAUUCCACACUUUUAGUGACAACUAGCUAAGUGAAUUUUGAUAUCAUCUUGAUAAUCAUCUUGCUUCUCAUAUAGUAGUAGUAACAGAAGCCAAAAUGAACAUUUUUGUUACGAAGUGGCUGGAGAGAUCUCUUAAAAAUUAAGAAUUCUUUUUAGAAGUGUCUGGAAGGAAAAUUUCCUUUAAUACUUACAGACACAAUUCUGUAUGUUUUUAAUGCUGAAGAGUGCUCUUGAGUCACCUUUAUCCAAACAUUUCUUCCAACUGAAAUAAAUGUGCACUUCUUAACAUAAUAUGCUAUUUAUGGUCUGUCAGGGUCUAGAGUUGGAUAACGCUGUGUGGACCUUUAUACACUAAGUUUGGAUUUUACCUCAGUGACUCUAGAACUGCUCAGUGGUGGACUGUGCCCUAAUAUAGACAUACACAUUGUCUGUACUAGAGUUCAUCUGUAUCUGUUUCCUUGCUGUUUCUGAAAUGGAUGGUUUGGAACUGGUAUUGGGGAAACAAAGCUUGUACUAAAAGUCAUCUAUUUAAGAUCAGCACAAGUUAGCUAAUUCUUUCCAUGAAAGAGAUGAACAUUUGUGUUUAUGAACAAACAGCCUUUGUUCUAAGGCUGUUUUGAAACUGCUUUUCUUUUUACUCUGCAAAAUUACUGAACUGCUUAUGUGGCACCUCGGAUUUAUUUACAUGAAAUUGUCAUGUAAAGUGAGUAUGAUGGUUUUGAAGGUAAGGUGCUAGAAAACUAUAGCCUAAACCUCUAAAGCAUUUAUGUAAGAAUAAACAAGGAAAACUCUGCGUGUUUUGCAAGAAAACAAUCAGUUGUGUUGUACUGUUGUGCAAACUUCUAUAUUUCUCAUUUAUGUGUUCCAACUAGUAUUUGAAGGGAGAAAUCCAUUGGAUUGGGUAUUUCUUUUUUUACUCAAAAGUGUUUGCAGUGCAGAAGGGCAGCUGAAAUCCUUGGAAAAUAUUACUUGAUAUUCAUAUACUGUUUCAAGCAUUGUGUCCUAAUCAAGAGAGCUCUUAACACAGCUAAAUUACAUGACUCAGAACUGGAGAACUAAAUUGCUUCAAUUUAUACAAGUAUUAUGUGAUGUCAAAUGAUUUGGAUUAAACACAAAGCUAAUAAAGAGCUUCUUAAAGCAACUAGUGCAAAAUACCUAGGAUAAAUUAUUAGAAUUGAUGCUUUUUGAGGCUAGCUUUUCAUCCAAGGAAGCUGCUUUUGUUAAACAGCAAAACUCUUUGACUGACUUUUUUUUUUAAUGAGAAUCUGCAUUUGGGUUGGUUUUGAAUGCAAGCAAGGAGAGAACUCUUCAGUAAAUUAUAUUUUAUUAUUAUUGUAUUAUGAACAAUUUUUCCUUGGUAAUUGUUUCUCACUUAUUAAUCAGUGAACAUUCCAGUACAGUGCUUUUUGUAAAGACUGGUCUGUUAGGAAAAAUAAAUCACUUUCUUGUGUUUAAUAAAAUUCACAAUAAAACUUCA